AUGAUAAAGCUGGAUUUCUUAGCUCUAUUGGUGAUUUCGGUUUCGGCAAGUGUUUUAACUGAACAUUCGAAUGGUUUGUUGAGAGAUAUAGAAGACUUCGUAGAUCUAUUAGAUCUAGAUCGUAUCGUGCAACUGACAAACGCGUACUAUUUGAAUGAUCAAGAUUUUCAGUCGAUAUUGGAAUACUUGCAAAGCGAAGAGUUUUCCGUCGUAUGGAACGGUUUCUUUGGUUUGGCUAUGAUCCGUGAUUUAGGCAUGUAUUUGACCCAGGAAGGAGUUCCUCUCUACGAUUAUGUAGACCUUGUUGCAUAUUUCAUCGGUCAAUCACCUGUGAACAGCCGACUGUUGCAACAUAUUAGCAAAACAGAGCACCGUGGUUUGAAGGCAUAUGUUGAACAAUUGUUUGCUAUGCUGCCAUGGAGCGAAUGGAAGAAUUUGUAUGAAGUAAAACAAAGAAGUAGUGUACCCUUCAAAUCCUUAGUCAUUAAACUGCGAAGUGCGAAUUACACAGAAUUAAACCAGUUUUACCAGAACUCCAAGGAACUACGAUCCUUUUUUCAAGUACUGAGACUCCAUGGAUUAGAUGUUGAGUUCUACGAACAUUAUUUAAUACAAAAUUUUCCGUUGGUUUGA